AUGUCCACGGAACCACUCUCAGUCACCAUUCAAGCACAUGUGCUGACGAAGGUGACCACUUGCUUACCAUCCGAACCACCAGCUCGUCCAACGCUGCCAUCGCAUCUGGAGAAAUUGAAUCUAGCAGAUCCGCAAUUUCUCGUCUCCAGACCGGUGGACAUUAUUCUCGGAGCCGACGCAUACGGGACCUCUCAUCAGGUGACGGUCAGUAACACCGAUUGCCAGUUGGGUGAGUUACUCAGCCGCUUCUGGACGCAAGAAGAGCCACCGCAGGACACGGCACCCUUGCUCACACCAGAAGAGCAAGAGUGCGAAGAUCACUUCCAGACCACGCAUUCGCGAGACUCCUCAGGAAGGUACAUCGUGCGAUUGCCGCUCAAACUCCAUCCACGAGCACUUGGCAAUUCAUACCAGAUGGCGCACCAUUGUCUUCAGAGGACACUCCGACGAUUCAGCAAGGACGCUCAGUACAAACAGCUGUACACCAAGUUCAUGCUCGAAUAUGAGCAGCUUGGCCACGUGGUAAGACUGAACAAUGACUCAAUAAUCAGUCCGUUUCAGUACUUUCUUCCGCACCAUGGCGUUCUCAAGUUGGGCAGCACUAAAUGA